AUUUUAGAUUCUUAUCAACUUAAAAAAAUCUUAAUUAAAAAAAGGCCGAUGCUAGCCGGAAAAAAAGAUACGCAAUGGACAAUGUAUAUAUGUAAAGCAGAAGUAGUAAGACACAACCUAAGUCCUGUUUUCAGAACCAGAAAUUGUAAAUUAUGAAACAUUUGGGAAGAUGCGGUAGGCAUCGCCAUCGUCAAGUAAAGGUCGAAAAGCAAUCAUUAUCACUAUCUCAUUUAUGUGAGUUCAUCAGAUUAAUCAAGUGGAUUAAACUUUCCAGCCAGUGUAGAUGUACUAAUUUUUUAAAGCCUGCUUGUUUCAAAGAAACAGGGAGAGGAAUGAUGGCAACUAGGAAGAUAAACAAAGGGGAAGUUAUUGUGUCAGUUCCUUAUAAAAUUUUAAUCACUGCAAAAUCAGUGUUACAAAGCAACUUAGGUUUGAUUAUUCAAAGAUCAAAGUGGAGUUUUACACCUUAUCAACUACUGACUUUGUUCUUAGUGGUAGAGAAAAUUAAGGGAGAAAAUUCUUUUUGGUUUCCUUACAUCAGCACUCUUCCAGAUGAGUACAGCACCCCUCUUUUCUUCACACCAGCAGAGAUAUCAUUUUUGACUCCUCAAGCAAAACAUUUGGCUGAAAAAUAUAGACAAAGGUUUGAUAUAGCCAGCCAACAGAUGUUGGAUUUUCUUGAGAUGUUCUGUCCAUCUCACUUCUCCCUGGUUAGCCUUGAUGACCUAAGACUUGCAUGGUCAGCUGUGGCUACCAGAUCUGUUUAUUUGCUGACAGAAUCUCAUCCAUCCAUUUUUCUUCAUCCUGAUGAGAGUAAUGUUGCACUUGCUCCUUUUCUUGAUCUACUUAAUCACAAAGACACUGCUCAAGUGAAAGCAGGAAUGAAUAAAACUUCCUGUUGUUAUCAGAUCAGAACGGAGAACUCUUGUCAAAAAAAUGAUGAGGUUUUUAUAUGUUAUGGCCCACACGAUAACACAAAAUUAUUUAUCAACUAUGGUUUUACAUUAAAACAAAACAUUUACAAUGUCUUCCAUUUUACAAUAGAUGAUGUAAAGUUGUGCCUGUCAAAUGUUGCAAGUUGGGAUAAAAAAGUUGCCAUUAUCAAGCAGUGUAGUUUAGACGAAAACUUCAUUUGUGGGUCAGAUGGAAUUUCAUGGUCACUUAAGGUUGGACUAAAAAUUGCUGUCCUUGAGUGGAAAUUGUUAUCUUCAUGGAAAUCACUUUUGCAAGAUAUUCCAUUGUCAGAAGAAAAUGAGAUGUCUGCACUUGAACUGGCAAGAAAACUAUUUUCAUGUGCUCUCGCAAAAGUUCAGGAGCAUUUGCACAUUGUGUUGAAACAGAGUGAUUCUCCCCAUUUCAACAUACUGCUUUCCCUUGCUGAACAAGAUGUGUUGUUAUUGGAGUCCGCUCUAAAAUCUCUAAUCAACUCCAAGGUUCAAUAUAAAGAUGUAGCAGGGUGAGAAAUAUCAAGCAGUACAUAAUAAAGAGAACUUCUACUACACUUGGCCAAUGUAAUGGAUUAUAGCAGAUGGUCAGACUAAAUUCUAUGAGUCAUGAUGAGCUCAUAGUAGAUGGAGAUUCAAAAGUCUAUGGAGUCAUGAUGAACUGGUGGUCAUAGCAAAUGGUCAAACACAAGUCUAUGGCAGUCAUGAUGAACUGGUGGUCAUAGCAGAUGGUCAAACACAAGUCUAUGGCAGUCAUGAUAAACUGGUGGUCACAGCAGAUGGUCAAACACAAGUCUAUGGCAGUCAUGAUAAACUGGUGGUCCACAGGAUCUAACAGAUUUCUAUGUCCUAUAAAUGUGGUGUUAGUUAUGCAUUAACUAUGGAAUACUCAGUGAAGCAAGUUCAACUAAAGUUUAUUGGUGGACUUGGUAGUGCCACAUUAUAAUGUGCUAAAAACAACCUGAGACAAAUUUUACAAACUUUACAGUGACACUAACAAUCACACGUUUAUUGUAAAUUGACAGAUACCACAAUAUUAAAUUAAAAAUGUAUCUAGAAAUGUUAAUUUAAAAUCUGAACUUCUUAAGGAAAAUAAAAUAUUUUUGCAGUUGCCAUUUUACUAGUACAUUAAGUCUUAUUUUAAUAGUUGGAAAGAAGUGUGUUGAUUCUGGAGUGGAUUGUUUUACUGCCAGUUGUUUGUUAUGUUACAAAAUACUAUAAAUUAACUUAUAAAUUACCAUCUUUAGAGCCAUAAGAUAAUGAAGAGAAUAAAAAGUAUGUGUUAAAAUGGCAGCUAAAUUUUAAUUAAAUGCUUUCAACAUUGAACACACA